CCCUACCCCCGCCUCUUUCCGGUGCCCCCCACCCCCUUCCGUCCGCACGUCCUCCACAUGCUCCUCCUACCUGGAGGAGCUCAACAACACAUCGAGCCAGCCCAUCCUCGAUCUUCUGCCUUCUAUUUCGUCGUCGUCGUCGUCGUCUCUGCUGCGCUGUUUGUUUCCGGCACCUUUGCGUUCCUUUUCCUUCCCUCCCCUGCCGCGGCCUUGGAACUUCCGCCGAGGGAGGACCUACGUCUGUGUUUGCUGGAAAUUCUUCUUUAGCAUAGGGAGGCAGACAUUCUUUGAGAGACAUCUAGGGUUACUAAGGUGCGCGAGAGGGUGAGUCACUGUAGUGAUUGGAGACUGUGCUGGCUGUGGGAGGUCGGGGAUGUUGGACGGGUUGGAGUGUAUGAUUGGAAGCUGGAUAAGGUGGAUUGAAGGAGGGGGAUUUUGCGGCGUCGUGAGGUGAGAUUAGUGGAGGUGAAGUGGUUUUCGAGUCGUAAUGCAACAGUGUUUGGAGCGAUCUGUGUCGAAGGUUUUAAUGCGGAUGAGGAGCCGCGGCGGAGGAUGGGAUUGGAAGGGUUGGUUUGUGGAAACGGAUGGCGUUUUGUCUUGGCGCGUAUGCUGUGCGGCUGAGUGAUUCCUCUGAGAGGGGCAUGCGGAAGCCCUAGAUCAUGUUUGGAGAAUUUUGACGUUUUGAGAUCAUGCGGUAGAGGUGUGUCAGGCCUGGAUUCUGUAGCUUUGGAAGUAUGCAGCUGUUUUGGAGCAUUGGUGGCUACUGAGUUUUUUCUGCGGAUAUUGGUUUUAUGGAAGGUGGUCGGGUGCCGGUGAGGAGCAGCCUGGAUAUGGAAUAUGGCUCCUCCAGUCAUGGAAACGAUCCCUCCUUUUCGCCGACGUCACUGUCGCCUUCUAUUACAUUAUCCUCGGUUUCGUCAGAGGUUGGAACGCCUGUGCAUUCUGAGCGUGCCUCAGCUACUACUUCCGCCUUUUCAUCCUCUUUUCCAUGGGAAUCCACUUCUUCCCAGAUGCUGGAUACGACUGCAGGAAUUCAUGUGUGCCCGUUUUGCAAUGGAACAGAUUUUGCUUUUUCAGGGAAGAGUCUUUUAUCUGGGAGUGUGACCUUUGACAAGGGUAGAGCGUCUUCCGUGGAGUAUUGGCAAAACAUCACAAAGAAUCUUUCUAUAGAAAAUGAAAAGCUUCGGAAACAACUAGCAUUUUUCCAACAGUGUAAGGGUGUGCCAGUACAAGAAGAAUUUACGAAGCGUUUCGUUGAAAAAUUGCAAGAUUUUCCUGCAUUUGAAAGUAUUACCGAUCCUUCAACACUUGACACACAAGAACCAGAUAGUGCGAAGUCGUCGAUCGAGAAAAGUUUAUCUUGGCCACCAUUCGAUCAAAUGGGUGUAUCUGAGGGGCUUGAGAAGAAUUUUGUGAUGGAGUUGUCUGAAAUGGAAUCCAAUGAGCACUUUCGGGGACUUGGCAGGCUUGACGCAGUGGAAGUGCUUGAAAGAACAAACAACAUUGAGAUACUUCUUCAGAUGGUCCUGAAGGAUGUUCCAGUAAUUAUAUCCCACUGUGAUAAAGAGCUCAUUUACACUUAUGUCAAGUUUGUGGACCAGCCAUUGACCAAAGUUCCUCCUGAGGGUAUGAAAGGGAAGAAAGACACUGAACUUGUAGGACUUCUUCCUGGGGCUUUGGAGACAAUGAGAAUCAAAAAGGAAGUGCUCGAAUCAGGACUAGCUCAAGGAAAGGAACUUACGGUUUCAAUGGAUGGUUUUGGCAAGAGAUGGCUAGUCGUUGCAUGUGAACCACUUCGGAACAAAGCUGGGCAUGUUUUGGGUGUAAUUACUGCAUGCAUGGAUGUGACCGAGCAGGCAUUGGCAAGAGAGAGGCUUGCACAGAUGAGAGAAGAGAUGGCUGUACGUGAAGCAACCGAGAAAGAGUUACGAAGGGCUAUCAGAUUGGCAGAUGAAGCGAUGGAGGCGAAGAAUAGAUUUCUUGCGGUUAUGUCUCAUGAGAUACGAACUCCAUUGAAUGGUGUACUUGGAAUGGCUCAAGUUUUGGCUACCACCCCAUUGGAUCCAGAGCAGCGGGAGCUUGUAUCUGCUAUGGUCUUCAGUGCAGAUGUAUUGCUCGCAAUCAUCUCGGAUAUUCUUGACCUUAGCAAGGUUGAAGCUGGAACCAUGAAAUUGGAGGAAAGGGAGCUCAACCCGAGGGACAUUGUAAAGCAUGUAGUUAGGACAGCUAUUGUUGCUUGUAAAGAUCGUGGCAUCACCAUUCAAGCUGAUAUUGGAGAUGAUGUACCUUCUGUGGUCUAUGGUGACCCAUUGCGAAUCAAGCAAGUAAUCACUAAUCUUGUGUUCAAUGCAGUCAAAUUUACCAGAAGAGGUCAUGUGAAGGUCCGAUUACAUGUUGCAAAAUUUUCAAUGGAUGCAAGUAAGAUCGAUCUACAUCACAGGGUUUCAGACUCAUUGGUCCAAACAAACAAACUUGAAGGCAUUGAAGGUUCUCGGGGUAAAACGGAAAGCAGUUCGCCCGACAUUUUGAGUGAGAUGUCUUCUUUGUUGGGACUCGGGCUUGGUCCCAACAGGGAUGAAGAGAACUGGGAUCUUUUAAUGGAAGGUGGUCGUAGAGACCUACCUGAAGUGCGUAUGAUUGAGUAUGGAACGACCGAGAUGGAUGAUACUACUCAAGAAGCAUUACAUAAUAAAAGUCGUUUGAAGAUGCACAGUGUUGGAGACUUGUUUCAGGCUGGGAAUGAGGAUGUUCGUCUACCAUCUGAAAGUGACCAGCAGAUGAAUAAGACUAGUGACCAAGCACUUAUAGACUUCUGGCUUAAAUUCGAAAUUGAAGACACUGGCAUAGGUAUUCCAAAAGAGGCCUUGCCAACUCUCUUUGAAAAGUUCACAUUAGUGCAUUCCUCAACUACUAGAAAGUAUGGUGGGACAGGCCUGGGUUUGGCAAUUUGCAAGCAGCUGGUAGAGUUAAUGGAUGGACAUAUAUCCGUAAUCAGCAAAGAGGGAAAAGGGUCAACUUUUACCUUUACCCUGCGUUGCAAGAGUUUGCCAAUGACUUUAGGAUCCCCGGGGCCUGCCAAAAUGGUUAGCGAAACCAAAAUGAAAGAGAAUCUGUCUCAUUUAACUGCCAACAUGCACAAACUCCAAGCUGGAAUGUGGAACCCUACAAAACUAGAGACAAAUUUUCUGAACUUUCAGUCAUAUCAAGGGCUUGACGAUGAUCCAGUGACGAGACGGAUAGCAGUUGUGGACGCAGCCUCGAAUAGAGUUCCAACCAAACUGCCUCGAGGCUCACUGAAAGUACGCAUCACUAAUGACUCUGAUUGUUCUGAGUUGUUUGGGAGUUCUCUAGAGAAAGUUAGAUUAUGGGAACAAGAAUUAGAUUCUCAUACUGCCUCCUGGGCAGCACAUCAGGGUUUGUGGAAAGAAAACGGUUGUCGCGACAGGGGUGGCGUCGAUAGAGGUCUGCGAAGAACUUCCAGUGGCCCUUCUCGCAUCGAAUGCUUGAUGAUGGCUGAUUCAGAUCAUUCAAAGAGUCUACCUUCGACCUCCACUGUCUCUGGCGCAAAUGACAAGAAACUGCCUUCUCUUCUUCUCGCAGAGGAUAAUAAGGUAAAUGUGAUGGUCGCCUUAUCAAUGCUUAAAAAGCUCGGAUUAUCUGCGGAUGUCGCCUCUAAUGGAAUGGAAGCAAUCAAGGCAAUGCAAACUAAACACUACGAUUUGGUGUUAAUGGACAUAUGCAUGCCUGUCUUGGACGGGUUGGAAGUGACUAGACGAAUUCGGAGGUAUGAGGAAUUGGGCUAUUGGGAUGAGGAAAGUGCUCUCAAACCUUCUGAUCUAUAUUCAGACUCAUCGGGUGCUUUUGAGGAACUUCCAUUGAAGAUCUCCCGCAAAGGAUUUCCAUCGUUUAUACGAGAUGGGGCGGAAAAGGUGAAACGGAUGCCGAUUAUUGCAAUGACUGCAAAUGCGCUCUCUGACUGUGAAAAACAAUGUUCAGCAACUGGAAUGGAUAGCUUUAUGACCAAGCCCGUUACAUUCAAGAAAUUGAAGGAUGUUCUAGCCCUGUAUCUUCCUCCCAAUACCUCACUUCCAUCUCCUUAAGCAGGAGAGCAAGCAUUUUUGGGACCAUUUCUUCCCAUUGAACUUCUCCAAGUUGCCUCACAGAAUCUUUUGUCAUGACACUGGUUCUGUUAACCUGUACCUACACUCAUUCCGUUGUGGAAUUCCAGGAACUGGCAACCUCGCAAAGUUUUGUUUCUAGAAUCUCAAAUGACAUCUGUUUAUCAGGUAUCGUUCUCGAGAGAUGAGCUCUUUGCCAGCCCAUUAUUGGCCUCAGAAUCAGAUUUUAGUGUUUUCUGCCGGAGACAGGCUACACGAUUCACAACCUUAAGUUCAAGUUCAUCCUCAACAGUGGCACGUCAUCUGAUGAGGCCUUACGUAGUGAAGGGCGUAACAGAAUAGUAGCAUUCAAUUGCACCCAUUGCCCAGAGUCCAUUACAGACUGUUACGUAAUCAAAGUUGGGUUGAGUUAAGCUGUACGCUGAUGUACAAAUUCUUUGUCCGGGUACCAUGUAUAUAAAUUUUUUUGGCCCCCGGAAUGGUGAAGACCAGAGGCCUGUUUUUAUAUAUAGCCCUGUAUCAAUUUUAAUACCAUUGCUUUAGAGCAUUCAAAGUC